AUGGCUGAGACAAGCAAAGCAAUUGAUCAAAAUCUUCCCUCCGUAUUCCUACAAAUUCAAGAACAAUUAAAGCACAUUCGCGAGGAUAACAUGGAUUUAACCGAACAAUUAACAUUGCUCUACAACGAUCUUUGUCACAUUCGACGAAUUCUCAGUAAUUCUCAACAGUCCAAUGUCAAUUUGAAUCUGAACACAACGAGUCUGAUUGAACCUUCAACAUCGAGUCGAUAUCAUCCGAAACAACGUUCGGAUAGCGAACCGAAUAUUCUCUCUGAUCGGCAGCGAGUUGUCACGAUUAUUGAUGACUUACAAUAG